ACGGCUGCAUUGUUUUGGUUUGUCAUCUUUGACGGCAACAUUGUUGUUUCCAGUUGUUGUUUCUUUGCGGAGAAAGUUCACGGACGGAAAGCGUUCGUAAAUGAUUUCCUGGCCACUUUCCGAGCUAAAGGCAACGGAUCUUAUACACCCCUCCCAAGCGCCGAGAGUAUCCGUUUCCCAUCCUCCACUCGCCUGGAAAAAGUUCCGGUGCGGCGAAGGUCAAUAAGGUGGCAAUAGUAACAGUGAAAAUCUAGCAGAGGUGUGGAAACUUUCCUCUCCCGCAUCCAACCAGUGGCUAUUCGGAAAAAAAGGAAAACAGUCAUGAGUGAGGAUGGUGCAGCUACAACUAGCAACAAAACGACCGAAACGAUGAGUAAAGACCAGCAGCAGGAUAAGCGCAAGCACAAAGUGAUCAUAGUAGGUGCCGGGAUGGCAGGACUUUCGUCGGCGAACCACCUGACGAAGAACGGCUGUACGGAUUUUCUCAUCCUCGAAGGGCGCAACCGUGUCGGUGGUCGCAUCGUUUCGAUCGAUAUGGGAUCGCAGAAGAUCGAGCUCGGUGCAAACUGGAUCCAUGGUGUCCUUGGCAACCCAAUGUUCGAACUAGCAAUGCAGCACGGACUGAUCAGCAUUAUCAACAUACCAAAGCCGCACAAGGUGGUAGCAGCAACAGAGGAUGGAAAGCAGGUGCCGUUUCAGAUACUGCAGGAAAUCUACGAAGCGUACGUGUGUUUUCUGCGCCGCUGCGAGGAAUAUUUCCUAUGCCAGUAUCUACCACCGCCCGACAUUCACAGUGUCGGCGAGCAUAUUAACCUGGAGGUGGAGCUAUACCUGAACAGUGUCGACUGCCAGAAGGAGAAGCAUCUGCGUAAGCUUAUAUUCGACUGUCUGCUAAAGCGCGAAACGUGCAUCACCGGGUGCCAUAGUAUGGACGAGAUCGAUCUGCUCGAGCUGGGCAGCUACACGGAGCUACAGGGUGGUAACAUUGUGCUACCGUCCGGGUACAGCUCGAUCCUGAAACCGUUGUGUGACAAUCUGCCAAAGGAAAACAUUGUACUGUCGUGUCCGGUUCGACGCAUUCACUGGAAGCGAAAAGCGGCCCUACGUGCCAGCGCAUCAUCGAUGACGGCAAGCGCUAGUGAUACGAUCCUGGAAGAGGACGAAGAUGAUGGUGGUAAUGAGUCGGACGAUUCAGACCGUACCGUGACGGAGGUACCGAUUGGUGCCGAUGCACAACCAGGUACGGCAGACGGACAGAAAGCAAGUGAAGCGUCAAGAAUUAUCAAAACGUCCACCGCGAACGUGGUGGUCGAGUGCGAAAAUGGAACCGUUUACGAGGCGGAUCAUGUGAUUUGUACACUUCCAUUGGGGGUGUUAAAGGAGCAGAGUGAAACAUUGUUUGUGCCGGCGUUACCACAGUACAAGAUCGAAUCGAUCGAUAGUUUAUUGUUUGGCACGGUCGAUAAGAUAUUUCUCGAGUACGAUCGUCCGUUUCUGAAUGCAACGAUAAGUGAAAUUAUGCUGCUGUGGGAAGGACAGGAAGGCAACGAUGGUGAAGAAGUGUCCGAUGAGCAGGAACAGGACGGCCAGUGGUUAAAGGACAAUUGGUACAAAAAGAUAUACUCCUUCUCGAAGGUUUCCGAUACGCUACUGCUCGGUUGGAUAUCGGGCCGGGAAGCCGAAUACAUGGAGACACUAUCGCACGAGAUCGUGGCAGAGCGAUGUACGGAAAUUUUGCGCCAAUUCCUAAAGGACCCGUUCGUACCGAAACCGAAACGGUGCGUGUGUACCAGCUGGCGAAAGCAACAGUUCAGUUGUGGCUCAUACACGGCCAUUGCCGUUGGUGCCUCGCAGGACGAUAUCGACAACAUUGCCCAGCCACUCUACUCGAGCCCUCAUCAGUCGAAGCCCUCGGUAUUGUUCGCCGGUGAGCAUACGCAUGCGAACUUCUACUCGACGGUGCACGGUGCCUACCUGAGCGGACGAACCGCCGCCCAGAUUCUACUGACACCCGACUCUCCGCAGGAGAUUGUGAUGGAAUCGGACAGCAGCGAUCUCAGCUCGUGGAUUCAGGGCAUUGCGCUAGACUAGAGUCCCGUAAGGUUUUUUUUGCGCGCAUUCCCCACCGGAAACCGAGCUGCAAUCGACGCUGUUCCUUUUCGAGCCGUUCAUCGUUCCUCUGCGUCUCUCAUCAGUUGUUAUCCUUAUUCAUUUAUUCUGUUCCUUUCCCCAGUGACUGUCUUCCCUUUCCAUUUAUGCCUCACAGCUUAGUUUUUACCUUCUUGACGUGGAACAACGAGUGACUGAAUAAUAUCGCCUACGAUAGGGUACGCAAGAGAAGAAAAAAACAGACAAACACACAAAGUCCUAGCUUAAAAAGUUGCUUAAGAUUACAAGCGUAGUAGCCAAAAAGAGGAAAGCGUUACGCGGGCUCGAAUUAGAUUAUGUUAAAUUAUUGUUUACUAGGGCUACAAACAAGCGCCACAAACACAAGCACUAUUACUUACAGUUCGUUUGUGCAAUUUGAUUUCCAGUUGGCACACAAAGCGGUGCAUAUUAAACAGAGAGACUUGGUCAGAUGUCGUGCACCGUGUAAAUCGAAACAUGACAAUUCUCACACACACUUCUCAGAUGCCGCGAGAACGUAUAUUUGCGCACACUUAAUGGCCGUGUCGUUAAUCGUGGUUAAGCGGAAAAGUCAGCCCAAUCGCGGGAAACGAUUGCUAGCGUUUAAUUAGGCUUAAGGGAUAAAGUAUUGCAAAGGAAUCCACAACCUUUAAACAUCUGUUGUAUGAGUUAGAAGCAAACAGUAGGGAACGAAAUCACCGACGGGAGAUACAUUACCUUUAGUUAGUAUUUAUUCAGCAUAGGAGCAGACGCUUAGCUUCUGCCAUGUGGGUAGUUUUGCUUCUUCUCAAUUUAUUAUGGUUUUGUUUUUGUUUGUUAUCACUGAAUCUAGUCUUCGGAAGCGAAGAUUCGCUUGGCAAUAUUAUGGUGCAUUUCCUUCCGCCAGGGUCACGGAACCCGCAGCUGCAAUCAGUUAACCAGUUAGAAGAAUAAUUUUAUGUUUAUCUGUUUUGUUAGAUCCCUCCUUCAUAUUGAUAGAAUCCUUCAUCCUAUACAAUUCGUAGGUGAACGAAACGUGCGUACUAUUUUCUGUCCGCUUGCGUAAUCGGUACACGGCUUUUUUUGUAGAUUGCAUUUAAGUUUAGUAGUGCUUUUUUUGUUGUAGAUUAAGUUAUUCCGUUGUUACGUUAGACUUUAUGAUUGAUUUCAACGUGAUUUCAUAAACGUGGUUGAGCGCGACAGCGGUAACAGUCAAAGAAUUGGGACGCAAACGGAAGCAUUAGAGAAAGUGAUAGAUAUCGAUAGUGACUAAGCGAGUAUGAAACGUGUUCUAGGGACAGGAAACGCGAACGUACGUAAAACCAAGUAUUUUGCUAGAAACUGAAAAAGUAUGUUUUGCGGCAAACGGAAAAUGAAAUAAUAAAACCACAAAUGAAUUGUUGAAUAACGUGCAAACUUAA